CUGAAUAAACUUGGAGAACGAAAUUGAAAUCCAAAGAAAAUGUAUCCGGAGACAAUCCACAUUUACGAAAUAAGAUGAAUGGAGUACCGCCAAAGAUGAGACUGAUACUAAAGAAAACACGGCACAAUGCAUGAACACAGCUAUAGAACCUUAACAAAGAAUGUACUAGAUUUGAGUGAACCGAUCGAUGAUACUGUCAAUUACACGAUAGACAAUCUAUUUUACGUACUUAAUAAUGUAACUUUGAAUAAUACAAAUGUCUUUGAUGAAGAUAACGCGGUGAACAACUGGUGGGCUCUGAUCGCGUUGGUCCUGGUUGUUUGUACGGCAGCGGGGAAUGUUUUGGUGUGUUUAGCGAUUUACUUGGAGAGACGGCUGCAGAAUGUAACGAAUUAUUUCUUGAUGUCAUUAGCGAUAACUGAUCUGCUGGUUGCUAUCCUGGUAAUGCCACUUGGGAUUCUGACUUUGUUGAGAGGUUAUUUCCCGUUGCCGGCGGUGUAUUGCCUGUGCUGGCUCUGUCUGGACGUCUUACUUUGUACAGCAUCUAUUAUGCAUCUCUGCACCAUAAGUGUUGAUAGAUACCUGUCCCUCCGAUAUCCAAUGAGGUUUGGAAGAAAUAAGACGAGAAAGAGAGUUACAGUGAAGAUCGCCUUCGUGUGGAUUCUGUCUUCAGCUAUGAGUCUGCCACUCAGUCUAAAAUAUUCCAAGAAUGCCGACUCAGUCCUGAUCGACGGCUCCUGCCAGGUUCCAGAUAACUUGUACAAGGCGAUCGGUUCCAUCAUCUCCUUCUACAUACCACUGGGAGUGAUGCUCCUGACGUAUGCCUUGACGAUACAGCUGCUGGCGCGGCAGAGGAAGGGGCUUGGAGCUGGGUGGGCGCCAGGCUGGCUUGGAGCUCCACCUAUAGGCCGUCGGUGUACCUGGAGAAGGUUCCUGGGUCCUCGAGGAGGAACUCCUCAGCAUUCAGCAGCAUCAACGGAAACUGAACUGCCUCCCAUCGACACUAGAGACCUCUGGAUCCAGGACUCAAGGUCUCAACAGGUGACUGCGAGUCCUCAGCGCCAAACACCUAGAACCCAUCAUUCUAGAAAUUCUAGUGUCAUAUCCAGAAAUUCCUCUCGUCACGGAAGAAUUUUGCGCUUAGAGCAAAAAGCGACAAAAGUCCUAGGAGUCGUGUUCUUCACUUUCGUGAUACUCUGGGCGCCAUUUUUUAUCCUAAACAUGGUGCCGGCAGUAUGUCCUGUCUGCGAAGAGCGAAUCUCGCCUUGGGUGUACGAUUUCGCCUUGUGGUUGGGGUACGCUAGUUCUAUGGUCAACCCAAUUUUCUACACGAUAUUCAAUAAGAUAUUUAGGCAAGCCUUUAAGAAGGUACUUAUGUGUGGUUAUUGUAAGUCUAGGAGGUAGCCGGCACCCUGGGAGCGUGUUCGUCCGACUUCAGAUCCUGGCAUCGGAGCGCUCUCAGUAAAUAGGAAUAUCCGAUCUCAAUUAGUAUGAACCCAUUAAAGAGCUUUAAGUAUUACGCUUCUAGUUUUUAGUACGCGUCAAUGGUGUUUAGUUAAGAGUUAAAACUUCUUUGUGUCAGUUCGUUGUUAAGAUUCAAAAUCGAUUUUGUUUUACGAUAUGUUUGCUUGGUAUCUCAAACAUUUGGAACUUAGGUGAAAUAGAGUUUGCUGAAGGACAUAAAUAAAAAAUUGCAGAAUGUAUAAUGAUAUAAAAUCCUAUAAGUAUUUAUUUUUUAGUGCAUGUUAAUAAUUCGAGCCUAAACCAACGCCGAUUUAAGUUAAUAAUUUCUUCAGCCUAUACAAUGCCGGUGUGCACAAAAAUCUUA